AAAUUACUUUGCUGAUAGUAAAUCUUAUUUUUGUUUAUACACAAAUAUAACCUCGUUGCAUAGCCUUGACCUCUACCCGGCUUCUUGACAAGCAGACGUUCAUCUGCUAGAGUUCUCUUUGCUAAAAAGUGUUUUACACAACUGCCAGCGAUCAUGUCUGAUGUUGUUAAAGUAUGUGUCACUGGUGCUGCCGGACAAAUUGCCUAUUCACUCCUUUAUUCAAUUGCCAAAGGAGAUGUUUUUGGGCCAGACCAGCCACUCUGCUUGACACUGCUUGAUAUUGCUCCUAUGAUGGGUGUGCUUGAAGGAGUAGUGAUGGAGCUCAAUGACUGUGCUUUCCCUUUGCUGAGAGAAAUUAUUCCAACAGCUGAUGAGAAGGUGGCCUUCUCUGGAGUAUCCGCAGCUUUCCUUGUUGGUGCCAUGCCUCGUCGAGAAGGCAUGGAACGAAAAGACCUGCUGGCUGCAAAUGUUAAAAUCUUCAAGUCACAAGGCCAGGCUAUUGACCAAUUUGCCAACAAAGACAUCAAGGUCCUGGUUGUGGGUAAUCCAGCAAACACGAAUGCAUUGAUAUGCAGCUUUUAUGCUCCAUCAAUCCCACGUGAGAAUUUUAGCUGCAUGACUCGUCUGGAUCAGAACCGUGCCCAAGCCCAGAUUGCUGCCCGACUUGGGGUGCGCAAUGAUGCUGUUGAAAAUGUCAUCAUCUGGGGAAACCACUCGUCAACCCAGUUCCCAGAUGUUCGCCAUGCCACUGUAGAAAUCAGCCCAGGCAAACGUAUUCCAGUGUAUGAUGCUGUGAAAGAUGACAACUACCUCAAGAAUGAAUUUGUGACUACUGUGCAAACAAGGGGAGCUGCAGUUAUCAAGGCUCGCAAGUUGUCCAGUGCUAUGUCUGCUGCAAAGGCUGCCUGUGACCACAUGAGGGACUGGUGGAUUGGUACCCAGGAUAACAAGUGGGUGUCCAUGGGUGUGGUUUCACCUGGCGUUUAUGGGAUCGAGAAAGGCCUGAUGUACAGUUUCCCAGUGCGUAUUCAGAACAAGACCUGGACCAUUGUGGAAGGGUUGGAGAUCAACGAGUUUGCUCGUAAGAAGAUGGAUGCCACUGCUGUGGAGCUGAAAGAAGAGAAAGAUCAGGCAAUGGAUAUCUGCAAAGCCUGACUUUCUCGCAUAUAGCAAGAACCAAGUACAGAUUAUUUUCAAAUAUGCUCAUUUGUAGUGGCUUCUGCCAUUUUUUUAAAAAUAUUUCCAUAGUAUAACAAAAGAGAUAACACAGAUUGACAUUGUGUGAUAUUUAAAUGUUGCUCAUGUUUUGUAGUUAUGGUAGUGAUGUAGAUAAAUGUAAAGAAUCAGUUUCAGGCACAGGCAAUAUUAUGUCUUAAAAACCUUGGAGUAAGAGUCUAGGCUGCUUCUUGCUAUGAUUUGCAAUAUGCAACCAUUUUACUUGAAUUGUGUAUAUCGUAAAGAUUCUUAGACUCAAUAUAAAUGUCUGCCAGGCACAAAAAGAUUGUCACAGUUAUUGCUUUUAUUGUGGCAUUUGUCCAAAAUGUCAUUUCUUUUGAGUUUUCUUAAAUGUGAUUUUCUUUCUUGGAGAAGAACUUUUCAAAUGAGACAGCUUAUAACUUACACAUAGAUACCAAGAGCCAUGUCUAAAGAGAUCCCCUGUGGACAAAUACUUUUUACAGAUUGUAGUAUUUCGGAUACUUGUAUAUUUUCCACCAUUUAUCAACAGGACUGUAACUGUAGACAGGAUUAGAGCAUCAAUAAAGUAUUGAUUAUGGUUUAUUAUUUAUUUUUUAAGCAUGUUUGAGGUGUGGUAAAGGUAGUUCAUGCUAUUUUUAAAAAUUCAAUACAAAGCUGCACUUUUCUUGUUUUGAGUUGCCAAAACCAAAUAUAAUGUUGUUCUUCUGCU